GCAGUUUAUCAAAUAAUUAGCAACCUAAAGACGUAUUCUUUCCUGUUAUCAGAAACAAUUGCUUUGUGCAGCUAUAACAAAAAAAAAAGAAAUAUUCCGCUGAUUGGAAAUAAACAGUAGGCUUUUAAUUUAUCAAAAGAAAAUGAUUUUGUUAGACGAUAUCAUUGUGAGCAGUUAGUAAAAAAAAAGAUAGGAUUGAAUUGAGAAAAACAAAGUGAUAAAGAAAUGUUAGCAAAUAAGACAAAUGGCCAGGAAAUUGGGUAGAAAAAAAGGUCUUGAGAGUAAAAGCCGGAAGGAAAAAAAGGCAAAAAGUGAGGUUAGAUCAUUUGACAGCUGAUUCCCAUUUGGAUGUAAAAAGAGAAAAGAUCAUUUUGGGACAGUCCAUUUGUGAGGUUAUGUGUCAACAAAGUGAAGAAAAAUAGUGCAGGAAAAACCGCUUGAAAAUGGAAAAUUCUGUGAGAAUACGUGAUUUUCGAAGGCUGAAGAACUACAGAUUCAACACGGAAGGCGUAGAUACUAUAACAUCUGAAGAACAGAUUGCCACAGAGCAACUUGUCUUUCAACAUUUUGAGAGAUUUGUCCAGUAUGCGGCACUUGAUCCAGAAUUACCUCUGCUACACCGAGAAAAUCACACAGCAUACCUUGAGAAGUGCCUCAAGGGACUCCCGGAAAGUUACUCAACUCUGGACAGUAGUCGCCCAUGGAUAGUCUAUUGGAUUCUCAAUUCAGCAGCUCUACUCAAUCACAGAUUCACAGACAGUCAACUUCAACGAACUGUGGAAUUUUUGAAAAAGUGCCAAAGUCCAAUUGGUGGCUUUGCCGGAGGUCCUGGACAAUUUCCGCAUCUGGCACCUACGUAUGCUGCUGUGAAUGCCUUGGCUAUCAUUGGGACUCAGAGUGCCUUAGAAGCGAUCGAUCGGGAGGCUCUGGUGAGCUUUCUCAAGACCAUUCGUGAGCCCAAUGGGGCUUUCCGGAUGCACAUUGAUGGAGAGUUGGAUGUCCGGGGGGCUUACUGUGCAAUUGCUGCGGCUAAAUUGGCUGCAAUUCCACCUGAGGACUUUGCAGUGAUAUUCGAGGGUACAGCUGACUGGAUUGCCAGCUGUCAGACGUAUGAAGGGGGAUUUGGAGGUGCUCCAGAUCUCGAAGCUCAUGGUGGAUACUCAUUUUGUGCAGCAGCUGCUCUGGCACUGCUAGGAAGGCCGGAAGUUUGUGAUCUCAAGGCACUUCUGAGGUGGACAAUUAACAGGCAGAUGGCCUAUGAGGGUGGAUUUCAGGGAAGGACAAAUAAACUGGUGGAUUCGUGCUAUUCUUUCUGGCAGGGAUCCCUUGUGGUCAUUGUACAGACACUUAUGGCCAGUUCGGAUCCCUUUGCAAAAGUCCCAACAACUCGACCAAUGUUCUACAGUGAAGCUCUUCAGGAGUACAUCCUGAUCUGCUGCCAGAGAGCCAAUGGAGGCUUCAUCGACAAGCCACAGAAAUCUGCAGACGUCUAUCAUACGUGCUACGCCCUCAGUGGACUCUCAAUAGCCCAGCAUGCGGAAUUCAAUAUGGAACCUCGAGUUAUUGGGUAUUCUUCCAAUGAACUCCUUCCCACGCAUCCUGUCCACAAUAUUCCCCCAUCUGCAGUCUCUGCUAGCUAUGCAUACCGAGCCCGGAAAGGGAAAUCACCUUCGACAGAAGCCUCCACGGAGAUUGAGGAUAUCUGGGAUGAUGACUCUGAAAGGGAUAAUUAAAAUAAAGGAAAUUUUUCUGGGACAAUCUCCGUGCUCUAAAACUCAAAAUAUAAUUUCUUCAGACUAAAAUCUCAUCGAUUUGUGAGUAAUUUUAACAAUAAUACUAUCUUUUUUUGUCUCUUGCUCCCCAGAAAGGGGGCUAUUUGUAAUAUUUAAUUGUUACGGAGUAAAAAUGGAGAGAAAAAUUUCAAAA